AUGGCCGCGUAUCACCAAAGCGCCGCUGUGCCAUCCUCCUCAUCCUCCCGCCCGGCCUCAUCCGCCAGCGGCCACCAUCCCCAACUCCGCCUCCCGCUCUCCCACCACGGCCUCCCGCGCGCCCCCACCUCGCCUGAGAGCAGUUACAGCAGCCGUUCGCAGCGCUAUGAGCCGCUUUCCAAGAACGCCACUACCGCCGCCACCUCUUCCUCCUCGCUUCGCUUGCACCAUCACCACCGUCAAGGGAGCAGCGUACGCAACAGCGCCAGCAUCACUCGUCUCUCCAGCGCCAAGGACCGCCACUACUCGUCCAGUGACGAAUACGACGACGAGGACGAGUACGACGAUGAUGACCUCGUCUAUGAUGAUGACUACAACCGCCACCGCCGUUCUUACGCCACCUCCUCGCCGCCCUCGCCUUCUUCGUUGUCGCCGCCGCGCACCCCCGGCCACUUCUUCCGUCUCUCCGUCGCCUCGACGAAGACGGACGUCGACGCCCCGCCAUCUCCGCCCAUGACGCCCUUCUCACCCGGCGCUUUCCCGGGCACCGAGGCGGACGUGGUGAGGAGGAGGGAGCAGCAGCCCGUUCAAUGCUGUCCUCACUGCAGCUUACAGCAGCAGAAUCAUCACCAUCCGAUUCUGCCGCCGCUGUCGACCAAGUCUGCCGCCGUCACCGCCGCUGCUGCAAGGCUUCAGACGCAGCAACAGCAGCUCUCCGCCGGCGUCCAGCGCGCCCGCUCUAUGGACGAGAUACCCAGUCCCAUCCGCCGAAUGAUGUCGACGCGGAGCGUCGGCGGCAGCACCAUGAAGAAAAACGUAGCUGCGCACGGCGACGAUGAGCAUCAGUACGAUGACGACGACGACAUCAUCGAUCCAGCGGUGCAGAGGGGGUACGGCAGUGUUUCGGCCGGCAAGAGCGCCGCGCGGCCGCAGUCAUCUUCGGCGGCGUCGGCGGCGGCUUCGGCAGCCGCGCCGUCGUCGUUUGCGGUCAAGUUUGGGAAGAAGAUUAGGCAGAAGCUGAGCGUUGGUCCGGCUGGUGCCGAGGCGCGCCCUUCUUCGUCGAAGAGGGAGAGUGGGGCCGGGAGAACGUCCAGUAGGAAGGUGGAGUAUGAGGAGAUGGAGGACAUGCAUUGGUCCGAGAUAUGA